UCGUCGACGCCCUCGUCGACGACCUCGCAUCCGAAUUACCUCAUGUACGACGAGGACGGGACCGCGGCGGACCAGAAGUUGGAAGUGGACGAACGAGGUGUAAUCGAGACGAGCAGUAUGGUAAAUCCCGAGCAGGUGAUGGCAGCCGCCGGUGGUAUCGGUGUGGGAGUCGGAAUCGGCGUAGGUGGACCAGGCACAGCCACCGGAAGUGGUACCGGACUGACCGGCUAUUGGCAGCACGCGACCACCGCCACUAGUUACUGGCCGUCGUUAUUUGACUGUUGGACGACGCCACCGAUCGCAUCCGGUUCGCAGACGCUGUCCUUGCCGCGGGACGAUGAUUGAGGCCAGUAGAAUUUUAUUAAAUUACCGUUUUAGCGUUGCCUUGAUCCUCUCGCGAGAUCUCGUUUCGUUCCGUCAAAUGUCGACUUGUUUGACGCCUAAACAAAUAUGGCUCGCAGAUCGCGUUUGUAUCUCCAACGAAAACCGGUUGCAAAAAUAAUGCUUAUAAUUCUAGUAUGUUUACUAGAAUUCUCGUAUUUCUGCGGGAAAUUGAUUGUAAAAUAUAUAUGCCGCAAAAAUGUCUUACGUGUCUCACUUAUGUGUUCUUAUAAAAUUCAUAAAGGCACAGAGACACUUUCAAUUUGUUAAUCAGUGCUCGAUUGGAAUCGGACAAAUGCAAGUUUUGUAUGAAAGAAUUGAAAAUAUUUUUUUUUUUUUUAUAAAGCUACCGAUGUGACUGAUAAUUUCCGUUAUCGGAAUCUUUGCGAAAAUUGAGAAUGAGAGAAACGGUAAGGAAUCAGUGUCUAAUACAAUGGUUAACAGAACUUACAGUCGAGAACAUUUGCUUAUGUUGUAUGUAAAUAUGAGGUAUUACGCGAGCAAUCAACUACGUCGGUCGUAUUCGGCAAACUACAAGUUCGGCGAGUUCAUUGGACUAUAUUCUUCAAGGCAAAUAAACGUUGAUGGAGUACAAAUAUUAAACUUCCGCCGCGAUGAAAAAUAUGUUUAACCCCCCAAUUUUCUUUCUAAUACUUUUUAUUCGGCAAAUAUUAUAUAUUCAUUAUUAACGAUGCUGUAUAUAUGUCGCAAUAAAUAUACGUGUGAUAUUAUUUCGCUGGGAGAAACGAGAAAAAGUAUGUUUCCUCGCGAGUUACGUAACAUGCGCUAAUUGUAUACGAUGCAUGCUUUAAUAAUCUUUUUUUUCGACACGACAUGAAAAUUUGGGGGGUUAAUUUCUAGCAAAGAUCCGUCGCGGAUCAUGUACUCACUAUUCUGUAGAUACAUGUAUAGUAGAAUGCCGGCUCUUUAUGCGCGGGGCGUAACUGUAUACCAAAAAAACUGUUACAUUGUAAUGAUGAUAAUAACGAUUAUUUAAACAGAAUACCAAAAAUCUUGUAGGCUGUAAGUAAGCGAACGAAUUAUACGGAUUGUACAGUGUAUGCAACAAGGAGUAUCCUAUCGAUUAGGCGUACGUUAUAAAUAUGGAUUAGUAUCGUCGAAUAAUUAUUAAAAUAAUAUUCACAGUAUCCUCGCGCGACGCGUGCAAUUGGAUUUUUCAAAGUCCGUCGAUUUCUCUUCGUACUCUUAUCGUUCUAGCGACAGCGUUUAACUUAUACGUAUAUCCUUUGAUUGUGCAACUAGAGAAGCGUUAACGUAACCGACAAAAUAUCCUAUUUUUAUAAGUAGCUUAUUAUUUGAUAGACCACACACUUGUUGUGGGAAAAAAAACCAAAACCAAAGUUAAACCCAAAAAUAUUACAUAUGUAUAGAAUGAUUAUAUGCCGCGCGUCGAUGUCAUGGAUAAUUGUAUAAAUUAUUAUAUAUAACGGGGGAAUGUGGUAAUGCAUCGAGGGGAGAUUUCGACCGAGUGAAACGACGACGACACGACACGAAUCGAUCGACUUCGGAAGUCGAUAGCGAGUGGCCGAUCGCCGUAGAGAGAUCGAGACAUAGUCACGUAAGAUAGGCGUAAGAAACGACCGCUAUUUUGUAUGAAUCCCAAUGUCGUACAAAUGUUCGUCGUAAUCACAUAUCCCAGUCCCUGCGGUGGGUGAUCCGUAACGUCACGCAGAAUGUUUCUUCAUUCCCGUUUGUCACCUCACUCACUACGUGUAAACGUUCCUACUGGGCGAUAUUGAGCGCCGUUAAAGGCCCCGUUUGUAAUCUAGUCACAAUAAAAACCAAUUCUAUUCUAAAAA